AUGCCUAAGCCUGCAUCCUGCGGUGCGUCUCCGGUGCCGGACGACAUGCUGAACAUGCACAAGCUCCUCCGCCGCGAGCCUCCCAAGGCGCUCCCGCAAAACGCUUCGGCGCCGGAGCUGAGGUGGCAGCCGACGAUGGACUUUGACAAGGACGGGUGCUACAACACGCCGGCGAUGGACGGCACGGGCAAGAUAACGCCGGGGCUCAACAACAUGUUCACGGGCACCGACACGGGGUGCCGCGACGCCUCGGACCUGGACAACAACAACGUCUACGUGCGGUCGCGCUGCAACAACGGCUGGUGCGUCUUUCUGUACGACUACUACUUUGAAAAGGACGUCGCGCUGCCCUACCUGCCCGACGUCGGCCACCGGCACGACUGGGAGCACGUCGCCGUCUUUGUCGAGGGCGGCGACCGGGCCCGGCUCGUGGCCGCGUCGGCGCACGGCGGCUACGCCACCCGCCAGGCGGACGAGGUCAGGUGGGACGGCGACCACCCCAAGAUGGUCUACCACAAGGACGGCAUCGGCACGCACUGCUUCCGCUUCGGCAGCGAGGCCGACGACGGCAAGAUUGAGAACCACCGCGGCAAGUGGUUCCUGGGCUCGCUGGUGUCGUUUGACGGCUUCCCCAGCACGCAGCUGCGGGACAAGUUGUUCUCGCACGACUUUGGCGCCGCCACCAUCGGCAUCAAGGAUUCUCAGUUCCAGAGCAACAUCGACAAGGCUAGGGGCAAGGACGGCGCUCCGGGGUUUGAUAGCAGUAAAGAUGACGGCAGCGGUGGCAGGUUGUAG